ACUCUCUCCAUCACACAUACAUCUUCUCCAUCCAUUACACAACGAAGCAUAGUGGCAAAGCCGUAAAUACAUAAUACCAAUGUCCAAAGAUUGCGGGAACCACGGCGGCGGCGGCGGAGGAGGAACCGCCAGUCGAAUCUGCGGAGCAAUCAUUGGCUUCAUCAUCAUCGUCUUGAUAACAAUCUUUCUCGUUUGGGUAAUCCUCCAACCGACAAAACCAAGAUUCAUCCUCCAAGACGCCACCGUCUACGCCUUUAACCUCUCGCAACCUAACUUACUCACCUCAAACUUUCAGAUCACAAUCGCUUCACGCAACCGAAACUCCAGAAUCGGAAUCUACUACGACCGUCUUCACGUCUACGCUACUUACCGGAACCAGCAAAUCACUCUACGUACAGCCAUUCCUCCGACGUACCAAGGGCAUAAAGAAGACAACGUUUGGUCUCCUUUCGUAUACGGAAACUCCGUCCCUAUCGCUCCUUUCAACGCGGUGGCCCUUGGCGACGAGCAAAAUCGCGGGUUUGUCACGUUGAUUAUACGCGCCGAUGGACGCGUGAGGUGGAAGGUCGGGACUCUUAUUACAGGGAAGUAUCAUCUCCAUGUUCGUUGUCUCGCGUACAUAAAUCUGGCUGAUAAAGCCGCCGGAGUUCAUGUCGGCGAAAACGCCGUUAAGUACAUGUUGGUCAAUAAGUGCAGUGUCAAUGUUUAGGAGGUAAUAAAAGGACACAACUUUGACGCCGUUAAAGUUUGCUUUUACUCUUCCUUUUACUCGGAUUAUAUCGUGUAAUUUGUCAAUCUUUUCUUUUCUCGUAAUUUUUUUUUUUGAAUCUGCUAUAACGAUAUGUCACAUAAAUUUCUGGAAUAUAUAUUUUUCUUCGUUGAUCGUA